GGGCCGCUUGGGUGUGUGCUCUGGAUAACACUCGGAAGGAACGCAACGAAAUAUGGCGUUCUCAACUGUUACAUUCUCAACUGUUACAUGAAUUUGUCAUGCAAAAACAGCAACAGGGAAAGGGGAAAGCUUGCAAGUCUUGCAUCACAAAUUUGGCACGGAUUCAGAUGCUGUUUAGCCCUUCGAUAAUUUGUCAUGCGAAGCAGCUUGAUCGGCUUGCGGCUCAUGGUCAUUUUGCAUGACAAAUCAUGUAACAGUUGAGAAUGUAACGUUUGAGAACGCCAUAAUAUCAAAACCAAAAGUACAACUUCUAUGCGGCCACCUAUCCUGAGUAAAAACAUCCCCACCCCAGAGUUGUCAUGCAGAUUUGCAAUUGCAGGAAUCCGCAUGUUGUGGAAUCCGCAUCACAAGUUCAAGAAGAUCCGUGGGUCGUUCAAGUAGAAGAUCCGUGGGUCGUACAAAAGUAAGUAGCUCGGUUCCAAGUCGUAGUUGUUUGUAAUUCGGUAGGGAAUAGAGCUAGAUACUAUGACACAUGCGCCGCGUUUGUUUUCGUAGCGUGACAUACCUGCAGUAGCGUUUCAGUCUGGUUUUGCUAGAGUUGUCGAAAAAAAAAAAGCAGGUAAAGUUUUG